AUGGUGAAACCUUCGUCUCCUACACCUCACCAUCUUCGUCACUACAAUCUCUCCUUCAUCGACCAGAUAACUGCCCAAAUCAACGGUUCUCUGGUCUAUUUCUUCGAUGCCGAUGAUGUCGCAAACAAACUGAACAUCAACGAAGCCUCCAAUCUUCUCAAGAAAUCAUUAUCUCAAGUCUUAUCUCUCUUCUGCCCACUCGCUGGAAGACUCCUCAACGAUAACCUAACCGUAGAUUGCAACGACGAGGGUGUCCCUUUCAUAGAAACCAGAAUCAACUUCUCCGUCAGCCACGUCACCGACAGCUCCUCUACUGAUGACGUCUGCAAGCUGCUUCCCUACGACAUGGAUGAGGUUGUCGACACAGUCCUCGGAGUCCAGUUCAAUGUCUUCGACUGCGGCGGAAUAGCCAUCGGAGUGUGCAUCUCCCACAAGGUCGCCGACGCGAUGUCGGAUUUACAGUUCAUGAAGAACUGGGCUGCCGUGACACGUGGUGAACCGGCAGAACAAAUCAGAAUUCACUUCCAAUCUUCCUCACUCUUCCCGCCAAAAGACAUGUUGGGAUUCGACCCGAAUCUAUACAUCGGAAAGCAAAAAAUCGUGGGAAAAAGGUUCGUGUUUGAAGCAUCCGUUAUAGAAUCUCUGCGAACAAAAUAUUCCAAGAACGUUCUGGAAGGCCAAAAACCACCUACAAGAGUAGUGGCAUUAUCAACUUUCUUAUGGACACGGUUUGUUGCAGCUACUAAGAAAGAAGGAAGCAAACAGAUUCACUUGGUCGGAUGGACAGCGAAUCUACGCCCAAGAAUGGAGCCGCCAUUACCGGAAUAUGCAUUUGGAAACUAUUAUUGGUAUCUUCAAACCUUUCCAAUGUUAGACGAACAAGGAGAGUGUAAUGACCUUGGAAGACUGUUAGGACGAGAGCUAAGCAAAAUCGACAAAGAUUUUGUUGUGAAAAUUCGAGAAAGUGAAGAAUGGAACCCUAUUAGCGAAGAAAUGGUUAGAGAAAUUGAGAAGGGAGAGAUGGUGCUGUUCAGUGUCACGUCACUGUGUAGGUUUCCGAUGUACGAGGUUGAUUUCGGAUGGGGGAAUCCGACGAUGGCAUUACUACCUACGUGGAAAUUCAAGAAUAUGGUCUGUUUAAAAGACACCAAAUCAGGCGGCGGCAUUGAAGCAUAUGUCAACUUGACGGGGGAUGACAUGGCUAAAUUUGAACGUGACGAGGAACUUUUUGCUUAUGUUUCUACCACAGGGUUGCAAUAA